AAGAGAUGUGCAAAAGAUGAGAUGCUUGGCACGGAUAUGGAGCAAUAUCACCACCUUUGGAGUUAUGCAGCUACAAUUAGAGAGACAAAUCCUGGUAGCACUGUCAAGAUUAAGCUUGAUACAGCAGAAGAAGGUUCACAAGGGACAUUUCAAAGACUGUAUUACUGUCUUUAUGCUUGCAAACAGGGGUUCCUCGAUGGCUGUCGACCAAUAAUUGGUCUUGAUGGGUGUUUUUUGAAAUCUGCAUUUGGUGGUCAGUUGUUGUCAGCAAUUGGUAGAGAUGGCAAUGACAAUAUGGUUCCAAUAGCUGUAACAGUGGUAGAGGUAGAGAGGUAUGACUCAUGGAAGUGGUUUCUGGAACUACUAAUGGCUGAUCUGGGACUUGGUGUGGAAAACAUACCCUGGACAUUCAUCUCAGAUCGACAAAAAGGACUGGUCCAUGCAGUGAAUGAGUUAUUUCCAAAUUCUGAACACAGGUUUUGCUUGAGGCAUAUGUACCAAAAUUUCAAACAGAAGUUCAAAGGAAAAGAGUUGAAGGACUUGUUCUGGGCAGCAGCAAGUACUGGGAAUGAAGUGGACUGGAAAUUAGCAAUGAAUUCCCUUGAAAAAGCUUCAAAGGAUGCAGCUGAAUGGCUGCAAAAAGUGCCAAGUGUUUUAUGGAGCAGGUCACAUUUUAGACAAAGUAGCAAAUGUGAUAUUCUUGUGAACAAUCUUUGUGAGUCAUUUAAUAACUAUAUCUUAGAAGCUAGAGAGCUACCUGUCAUAGGGAUGCUUGAGUGGAUUCGAAGAAGGCUCAUGCAAAGGAUUCAAGUGAAGAGGACUGGUAUGCAGAAAUUUCAAGGAAAAAUAUGUCCUAACAUUGCAGAGAAGAUUGAUAGGAAUCUGAAAUUCAGUAGGCUGUGUAUUCCCACAUGGGAUGGCAAGAACAAAUAUGAAAUUGAUUGUGGGCCCAGAAAAUCUGUUGUGGUGGAUCUGAAGGAAAAGACUUGCACAUGUGGCUAUUUCCAGCUUACAGGUUAUCCUUGUGCUCAUGCAUGUUCUGCAAUAGGAGCACGUAGAUUGCCUUUGCUUGAUUAUGUGCAUGCCUGCUACAGUAGAGAAAAUUACUUGAAAACAUAUGAGCACACUAUCACACCUGUCCCAAGUAAUAAGUACUGGGUGAGAUGUGAAGAACAACCCCCAAAACCUCCUGCAGUUCGAAGAAUGCCUGGCAGACCCAAAAAGAUGCGGCAAAGGGCAGCCGACGAGCCUAAAAAGGGUCAGGUCUCAACCAGAAAGGGUCUUGUGGUAACUUGCAAGAGAUGUUUUCAGCCAAGACACAAUUCAAGGACCUGCAAGAAUGCCAUUCAUCUCAACUCUAAAUUCUACAAGGCUCCUGACACCAAUGUAGCUGAAUCAAGUUCAGAACUUCAUUCAUCAGCUCCUUCACCAAUAGUACCCCCGCAACCAGUCCCAAAUCAAGAACAAGCUGCACCUGUUCAAAAAAAAAAUUGCAGGCCCGGGAAGCAGUAUACGCAGCCAACAAUUGCGAGUGUAGCAAAAAAUGUGCCUGCUAGACAAUCAUGUUCUCAGCCUGUGAGUGGAACAACUUCACUAGCAAAAGGACCCCUUCGUCCUACUGUUGCUGAUGUCCUAUACAACCUAAGAUCCAAGAAAGCAAGAAGAUGUUAGAGUUGAAUUUUGAAGUGGACUGUAUGUUUGUUGAUUGCCUUUUUGUGUAGUUUUAAGGAAUUAGUGGUUGUUGUUAGAGUUGGUGGCAAACAGCUGGAAUGUAUGUUUCUGAUGUAUUUUGUCUACUCUGUUUGGAAUUGUUAUCAAUUAUUGCAAACUGGAAACUUUGAUGUAUUUUGAUUGGAUGUUGUUGGCUUCAGCAAUUUGGAGGAUUCUUUGCUGAUGUUGGACACUUUAAUGUACUUAUUGACUGUUUUAAUGGAGCAUUAUGAUUAUGGGCUGCAA